GGAAUCUAUAAUAACAUGUAAUAAAAACAAUGUACAUUCAACCAUAUGCAGUGCUCUCCUACCAUGGGCAUUGCCGCCACACGUGUUUAAAGUUAUGUAUUUUGAAUAUUUUUUAUACAAUAUGACGUCACGAUCCGAUUUGGAUUUGGGGAUAACAAGGGGCAUUGUGUAGUCAUAAGCUAUGCUAUAGCAACAUGGGUAUAGGGUUAUGCAGAAAUUAUUAAGGUUGUUUUAUGGAAUUAUAAGAAGAUGGAGGGUGGAGAACAUUUUACUCCUGAGCAGAGAAAACUGCAGUGGUGUGAGUUCGUUCGCAGAGAACGGAAGAUGUGCAACACAGCAUUCGAUGCGUGGGAAAAACCUUAUGGCACCUGGCUUCAACCAAACGAUAUCGGAAAGAAUAUAAGUUACUUUAACAACAACAAACAACAUGGAAAGCAUUCGGAGUAUGAACGCCUCUUUCAUUUGAAGCAUCACUACGAGAAGAAAUUGCACAGAGACGACAGAGCGAACAGAAUUGGCCUUAAUGUACACGACGAAGAGAAAGACAAGGCUGUACCGAUUCUAUCUUCAUCUGUGUAUGGAUCCAGACCACCACUGGAGAAAACGAAUAGAGAGCACGUUAUAAUUGAAAGUGUUAACAAGGGUUUUUACCGUUCCCGUGGUACAAAUAUCCCGAGCAGUUCUGACGGCUAACUUAGGUCAAGAAUAAUAGAAAUCAAGUACUUUUUUUUACCAUUUUUAAUGUACAGAAACGAUACUACUGUUUAAUGGGCGCAAAUAAAAGAAAACAAUUGGCGUCAAAA